CCCAGAUGUCUCAAGGACGACAUCCUGAUAACUUGUAGUUUAACAGUUCAACCAUGAGGCAUCUAUUCGGUCACAUUCAAAUUAAACUAACUGCUGUUAAUUUCUAUCGUUUUUAAACUGCAGUUCUUUCACUUUGCAUUGAUUUUUACAACCUUGCAUACAACUUAUCAUCAAGUUGCACAUACCUGAUAGACAAUGUUGCGCCAGCUUCAGAUGGCUAUUUGUCACAUCCACUUCGAAACGAACAUAUUGACAGAAGGUAGAGGACCACACUAAUGCUUCGCUCACGUGACAGAUUACAUUAGCGAAUGUGAUUUGAAUAGUUAGAAUUUCCCUUAACCUAUACCAAUAAUUAUUAAAGAAUAAUUCGUUGGAGACAGGAGCGUGUACAUUAUCUUAAAUUAAACUUCACAUUCGGAAAUACAGGUGCUUGUUAUCUAUCUUUAAUAAUGCCUAUCCCGGAGUUGAACAAUAUAUUGCUUCAUGAGUUUGGAAAUUUCAAAGUAUCUCAAUUGCAUAAUAACGUUGUCAUUAUUGAUGCCGAGGACUUCAGUGGAUAUUUCUAUGAGCACUUAAAGUUACCUAUAGAAUACGGUGGGGAAUAUUUAUCUUAUGUUGUACAACUUAAAGAGUUUUUAAAUGAAAUGAAACUAUGCAAAAUUUGUCCAACUUUUCUAUUUGGUUCGGAUUGUGAAAGAGUUGGUUUACAACUUACUAGUCAACUUCAAAAAAUACAAUCGACCAUAAAAUCUCUAUCUUCUCUAGAUGAUAUAAAGAAAAGAAAAUCAUCUCUUAUACCUGAUUGUAUGUUCCUUCAAAGUGUAUUGACGGACAUUCUUACAGACAUGGAAAUCAAACUUUUAAAAUCUCCAUAUCCUCGAAUACAAAGUUGUGUCUCGUUAGCUACUUAUCUUCAUUGUCCAAUCAUUGCUAGUUCUCCGGAAUAUUUUCUAGUUGGUAGUCCUCAUGUGUCAUCGAAUAGCUCGCCUCGUUUUAUCCCGCUAUCACUUAUGAAAUUAAAAUGUUUUGGAUUGAAAGAAAACUGUUACUGUGAACCGAUCGAUGCAGAAUCACAAUCUAGCCAAACUUCAUGUCGUUUCUUGACUGCACAUGAAUUUGUACCAACAUCAUCUCGCUUAUAUUCAGUGCAUCCAGUUUGUCGACCAUUGAUUGGUUUGUUACUUGGUACAGAUUCGAUACCUCAAUCAAGACUCCCCGAUCACUUAUAUUCGAUUAUGAAUAGUUCAGGAAAAGGAAGUUAUAAAACUCGACGCUUUAAUACACUGAUUUCAUGGUUUUCACAAUUUACCAAUAACAAUCCACAGAUACCAAUCGAUGAAAUUUUAAAAUGUUACUCUUCUAAAGAAAGAGUGAAUCUUUUAAAAAUGUUCACAGAAUCGCUAGUGGGAUAUUUUCCAAAUGUAUAUUUAGGUCAAAAAUUAUCGGAAUUUCUUCACUCACAAACGUCAACUCAACAAAAUCAAUUAAAUCCUCCAAUUUUUGUGUAUAAUCCACAAGAACCUAAUUCUACAAUAGAAACAAAAUUAUGGCAAUAUCGUUUAAAUAAUUUAUUCAAAGGUCAAUUCAGUAAUAUUUUGGGUAGUGUAGAUUUUACACGAGGUUGGUCAACAAGUUUAAUACAAUUUUAUUGCAAACAUAAACUUGCCCCAUUCAUUUUAACUCCUAUCUAUUGUCAAGGUGGUGUUGUGAUGCCUUUAUUAAUUGAAAAUUCAACUAAUCAUAAUAAUUUAUUAUUAUUAUCAGCUUAUGAAAUUACAUUACCAUUGAGAUGGAUGCAUUAUCGUCUAUUGUAUGGCAUUGAAUUACAACUGUUACAAAAACAAAAGUUAAUCGGUUUAAAUCCUUAUAUUUUAGAAUAUUAUUGUAUUGGUCAAACACUGACCACAUAUGAAAUUCAAAUUGAACCGUACAUUUUAAAUCAACAUAAUAAUGAUGAUGAUGAUGAUGAUACAACAGAUAGUGUACUUGCUAGUACAAUUGGUUUUACAUUUUCUCAUUUUAAUGCUGAAAUGAAAUGGAUAGUAAGUUUAGCAUUGACAUUAACAUUUUGGUUCCGUGCUACUACUACUGCUACUACUACUACUAGUACUACGCAACAUCAAAUCAAUUCACUCAAUAAUAAUAAUAGUAAUGAUUUACGUAAUUCUUCUAUUGUUCUAACUGCUGCAGCCAUAGCUAUAACAAAUUAUUUCAAUAUUAUUGAAUCAGAAAAACAAUCUAAUGAACAUUGUAAAUUAUUGAUUACAUUUUUAAAAAGUAAAUUAUCUGAUCGAUCAUCGCCAUCAUCAACGCCAUCGCCAUCGCCAUCAUCAAAAUCAUCAUCGCCAUCUGUGGAUUUAUCUAUUGUUCAUCAUUUCACAUCACUUCAUACAAUUUAUACUUAUCUACGAUCAUUAACCCAAUUGCUUGAUGAAUUAUUACCAACUGAACGAAAAACGAAUUCAUUAAACUUUCUACCAUCAUGGAUAUUAUUUCCA